AUAAUGUUUGUCCCCGUGCUCGCGAGGACAGGAGACCAGGCAGUGCUCAGACUGCAGCUGAUAGAUGUGUUGUGAAGUGAUGUAAUGUUGCCUGUUUGGUGAACUACGGAUGGCUGUUUGUGCCAGGCUCUGCGGAGUGGGUCAGUCGCGGAGGUGCAGGAGGCGACAGCGGCAGAACCAGCAGGGCCAGGGUAGCGAUUCCGACAUGGACGAGGAAGAAGAGGAGCGGAUCGUGGGCCAGAAGCAAGCCGAGGUGGGCUGCAGCAGUGGCGGCGUCGGAGGAGGAGGAGGAGGAGGAGGCGGCGGAGGAGGAAGAGGCCCGGAGAGCGGCGACGCCACUGCAGGGCCGAGUGACGCUUGUGAAUAUGGCACCGGUCAUGUCAGAAGAGGCUGCACGGAGCACACGGGACCUCCACACCCGCAAUCGUUAGCGGAUUUACCGCCGGAGCUUUUAGUGGAAAUAUUCUCCUUGCUCCCCGGAACAGCUCUACCAAAUGUCGCCCUCGUCUGCAAGAAAUUCAAACAAAUGCUCAACACCGAAACCAUCUGGAGGAGGCGGUGCAUGGAAGAGUUUGGCAUGAGGGACGAUCUGAGGAAGAUGGAAGUGGGAGGAGUGUGUAGCCGGGACCUCUAUGUUAAACGUGUCAACCCACGGGUGAAGUCUGGGCGCUUUAUGAAGCUCCUCCCGGACUACGAGCACAUGGACUAUAGAGACGUGUACACACACUUGCUUCACCCGUACAGACAUAUUUUGGGCUUAUGGCAGCCUGACAUAGGGCCUUAUGGCGGAUUGCUCAACGUUGUGGUGGACGGGCUUUUCAUCAUUGGCUGGAUGUAUUUGCCACCUCAUGACCCCCGUGUGGAAGAUCCCAUGAGAAGACGUCCACUCUUCCGCAUCCAUUUGUGGGAGAGCCAAAAGGCCACUGUAGAGUGUAUGUACGGACACAAAGGUCCCCACAAAGGAGACAUUCAGACUGUCAAGAAGGAUGAAUUUUCAACCAAAUGUAACCAGACCGAUUAUCACCGCAUGCCAGGAGGCAGACAGGAGGAGUUCAGGACGUGGUUGGAGGAAGAAUGGGGUCGGACACUUGAAGAAAUCUUCCACGAGCACAUGCAGGAGCUCAUUCUGAUGAAGUUUAUUUAUACUAGUCAAUACGAUAACUGCUUGACAUACCGGAGGAUCUACCUGCCUCCUGUGAUGCCCUCUGACCUGCUGCAGCCGGGCCUUUUCAAAGGCACCUAUGGCAGUCACGGCUUGGAGAUUGUCAUGCUCAGUUUCCACGAGACGUCUGCGCGAGCCACCAAGCUCACAGGAGACCCCAAUGUUCCUGCAGGGCAACUCACUUUGGAUGUUGACCUGAGCCGACCUGUGGUCCUCCCCGACUUGGAGCAACAGCGAAACAUAGAGGAACUGUCCCGGCUGGUACUAGGGGUACACGAGGAAGUACAGAGAGAAGCAGAACAACAGGCCAAGGGCACUUCGGCCACAGGCAGAAGUGCAGCAGAGGCGGGCUGUGGUGGUGCCAGUGCAGAAGAAGGGAUGGAGGCAGACCACGGUGUCUGUUUAGACAGCUGUCAGCCUGGCCCCAGCACGACCACCACCACCAGCCCCCCUGAACCCAAGCCCUUCGUUCUGCCCCUGGGGGUUAUGGCUCGCAAUGAGGUGUACCCUCGCACCUGCAGGGAAAGCUUCUAUGGAACAGGCCUGAUCGCUGGGCACGGCUUUACAAGUCCAGAGCGCACCCCGGGGCUCUUUGUGCUGUUUGAUCAGGACCGUUUUGGUUUCAUCUGGCUGGAGUUGAAGUCUUUCAGUCUGUACAGUCGCCUGACGGACCACCUAGCCCAUGCUCACGCCCCAAACAUGGAGCGGUUUGAGGCCAUGCUGCGCAACAUGCAGUCCUGGACAUCCUGAUGCACCACACUUUAAGUCUCCUCCCACAAUACAACGCAUAAUAACAACCAUCAUAAACAAAUCACCUCUGUCCUCCGCUGACAACGUUACUAUUGUGAUAGCAUCAUGACCUUAACUCUCCAGUUUCUAUCUUUAUCUGUUUCACAAACAUUGUGUUUUACUGUCUAAUUAAGCUGGUUUUAUCACCCCAAGCACUUUGAAAGGCCCCCAAGUCACCAUUGAAUCACCUCACCUCAGUAUGACCUUUAUCCUCCAGUGCAGUAUGAGAACAGGUCACAUUGACAUUUUUUUAUUUAUUUAUUUAUUCCCUUCAGGAAAAAAGGAACGAUAUUUCAUACCACUUAUUAUGGAUCAAACUGUACGUGCCUCUGAUUCUAAAACCAUGUCUGUACUUGGUAGUGCUUGAAGAAGAAAAAGGUGUCCAAUGUAUUAUACUAUAUAGUAUUAUACUGAUUUUAGUGCCCAACAUAUUGAACUGCAUGCUGCAUUUUUUUAUGUUAUUACUCAAAUCUAAUCACAUUACACUCAUAACCAUUAUCUGAACAUGAUGUUUUAUUUCCAUUAAGCAGCAUGCCUUGCUUUUUAGGGUUUAUUUUCUUCAUCCAAAUUUACAAAAAAGACAGCAUCUCAGGUGUUUUUCUCUUUGCCACUUGUCAGUAAAAAACAGGACAAAAGUAUUUAUGUGUAUAACAAAAAUGUGUGAAGUAAAAUUCAUUGUAUUAAUUUGUCAAAUAGAAAUACGGAGUGGAGUUUUACAACUGGGCAAUUUUCUAAUCAUAGACAAAAUAGGAUUUGCUGUCUUAUCAAAUACUGUAGCUACAUCAGCCAGUCUUGGGCAGACUGAUAUAUUUUUGCCCUUUGAAUUUAAAGGUGCGGUCAUUCUGGAGAAAGAUAGUCGAUGGUUGAGUCUCAUGUCUAAGUCGUCCAGUAUGAACACUUUAGUUUAUGGUCUCAACAACAACAAUCAACUAUCUUUCUCUAGAAUGACUGACCCUGCCUUUAAGAGAUACUGUAUGUUUUUCAGUGAUAUGGUUUGGCUCAUGGUAUUACAUCAGGGAUACUCAACUUGCUUUGCCCAGGGGUAAUUUUUGCUAAAUGACAGGGGGCCAGUGGCUUAAUUAACAACAAUAAACAAGCUCUGAUUAUAUUUAUCAGGUAAAAUGAACAAGCAUUAUGAUUGUUGUGGCAGAAUAAGACAACUCUUUUCUUGUAGUUCUACCAGGUGGUAACGCUGCACUGAAGGUAGUAUGUUUUGACUCGUGCUGCCGCCUGACGUGAGCAACCUUGCAUUUGCCUUUACCGAGGGAUUAGGAUUGGUAUUAGGUGGAAAAAUAAGAGCCUUCUGUACAUUUUUUCAUUGAAUUGCCUGUUUUCAUUAUCAACCUUUCGGUGUUUGCUGUCCUCACUCAUCUUUGCCAACAGGCCAAUUCAGUUGUAGCAGCCCUGUGAAGUUCAGAAACCAAGUGACACAGCUUCCGAACACUGCACACAUCGCUAAUAUCGGUACGCAACCUCCCUAGUAACAGCCAAGGGACAAUACUGAACAUUUUUUAUUUUCAUUGUGAAUUAGAAAAUGUUCGGCUGGCCACCCAGCACCCUAUCUGGCCUGCGGGCCUUAAGUUGAGUAUCACUGUUCUACAUCAAACAUACUUUAAUGUCUCCACACCUGACAUAUUAUGUAAGUUGGAAAGAUGUAUUGUACUGCAAUAGAAUAACAUAACCUUUACAGAAGCUGGAUUUAAUGAAAAUUAUACAGUUUGUGUGCUUAUAUCAUUCUGAUCUGAAACAUAAACUCUGAAAUGUAUCGCAUUUGUUGUUUGCAUAUGACGUUUGCCUGGCUUUAUACCUGCAAAAGCUAUUCCCUCCAGUUUACUAUUUGAUUUCAAACUUGAGACCAGGCUAGCUGAACAUUAUACAAACAGCUCAAAGUGCAUCUCAAAGUACCAAGUUAAGUGUCUGUAUGUCUCAUUACGGCCUGGUGGUGAUGCCCAGUAGCUUUCCUACUCCAAGUGCACUUUUCUGGGCAGUAUAGUGAAUCAUUCAAAACCACUGGCCAGCACUUUUAUAUCAGACUGCAGCUUUACUAACAUUUGCAAAAAAUAAAGUGUCUGCUAAAGCAUCAUCAACUUAUUUUAGCACAUUCAAUUAAUAUUCUUUCAAAUUUAGUACAUUUGCUUUAUACAUUAUUCUAUCUGUAAGCCCUCUGUAUCCAGCUAUUUGAAUGAUUUGCUUUUGCAAAAUGUUGCUUUGUACUAUUUUCAAUGUCAUACGCCUGAUUUUGUGGAAAAAUAACUAAGUUUGACCAAUUGAACUGCUCACAUCGGACUUCAGGGAGCUUUUCAGCUUUAGCGCUCUUCUCAGUAAUAAAAAAUACAAAACUGAAAAGAACCUUUUUGUCAAAUUUGUUGAUGUCUUUCUAUUGUUUGUAUGUACAUCCCAUUGCUGUAAUGUAAGUAAACUGUUCUCAACUAUCA